CAGGCCAACGAAUGGAUACCUUUCAUCUCCCCCAGUCUUUUCUCCAAGGGAAGACUCAGAGGCAGCAAGCAGUAACCUAGCAAGCCCAACCUUUGACAGGAAAAUGAGCUCGUUGACGGAUGAGGAGGUGGAACAGCGUGCAGAGGCACGGACGAAUCGAAAGAUUGCCGAUCUGGAAAUACAGACCGCUUCAUUGCAGCAGUUAACCGCAUCAUUAGAGCGCGAGCGGCACAAGCAGUCACUCGAAAUCCGUGAGCUCCGUCGAAAGCUGCGAGAAUCCCGUCUCUCCUUACCCCCUCGGACCUUCCAGGCACUCAAGACGACCUGGGAAGCAGAUGGAUUGGAUUUGGAGUCCGAAGAGGAAGAGGACCACGACAAGGCUGAUCCUGUUUGGGAGCGAGUGAAGGGUUUGGUGGACGACAUGCUCAACGUCGGCGGUCGAGCUGUGGAGGAAGGGCAGGAGUUCAUCAAGAAGAGAGACAAGUCAGGUGGUGGAGUCGUUCGAGUCUUAACGGCCGGAGAGCUGGAGGAGAUGGAAGACAGCAAGGAACAGGAUCAAGGGGAUACAGGGGAGUAUGGCGAAGGUCAACACCAACCUUCAUUCCGCAAGAAAGGAGACGUGGCUUUGGACUGGUUAUCUUCCAAUGGGGACCGUAAUGAAACACCUGGAUAGGCCAUCUGCCUUCGAACAAUGGAAUACUUCACGACUCCAUAUACUGAUGAGAAUAGAAUACCUAGCACGACAUACCAUUGUAUAUCUAUGUGGUAAUUAAUCG